UAAAGAAUAGUAAAACGAGUUUAGAUCGAUGGAUACAAACGUAAGUUGGAGUGAUAAUGAUGUUCCUCGCGGAAUGACCAAAGCAAUAAACAGCACACAUGAAUACGUCUACUAUGACGUUUAUGAUUAUGUAUCUUACCAUCACUAUGACCCAUGUGGCAAUGGUUCCGAAGAACAAAAUUACGUCCACCGUCACAGUGGAAUGGAAAUAUUUAUUAACAUAUUUCUUCCUAUACUCUGCGUUAGUGGUAUAGUUGGCAUCAUACUGACAGUUAUUGUUCUGAGCAGGAAAAAUAUGUGCACAUCAACAAAUACAUAUCUGAUGUCCCUUGCUGUCGCUGACUUGGGCUUUCUAUGUCUUGUUGGAUGUAGAAGUCUUGAUCGUCAUUUAUCCGGUAAAUCGUUAUAUUCGUUUUAUGCAUUUUAUGAAUACGCGCAGAUAUUUAUACACACGUUCCUGUUGUCGUCUGUCUGGUUAACAGUGAUGCUCGCUGUCGAGCGUUAUAUCGCCAUUUGUCAUCCAUUGAAAGCUAUAUCAAUUUGUACCGUCAAAAGAUCAAGAAUUAUCAUACUAAUUAUAUUCAUUUUGUCAUUUUACUGUCGAGUUCCAAAUUUCUUCGAAUUAAAACUUGAAACAUUUUACUUUUGUGGCGAACCCGUUCGCCAAGUUGUUUUGACGCCUCUUGCACUCAAUACAACCUACAAGAUCAUAUAUGCUUGGAUUAUCGACUGUGCAAUAUGCGCAAUUAUUCCGUUUCUUUUCCUGGUAUACUUGAACAUUCGACUUGUCCUUGAAAUUCGUAAAUCCACAAAAUACCUACGUUAUCAUAUUGGAAUAAACUCUAACAUGCAGAAUAUAGUCGCCCAUGAGCAACUGAAGAUAACCAUGAUGUUGGUUAGUGUAAUUGUAGCUUUUUUCAUUUGUCAAGCCCCAUAUGUGAUAUACAUAGCCUAUGUCAAUAUACACAAGUUCAGCUUUGUGAAUUUUUCAAAUGACAAGAGAAAAACCUUUGAAAUAAUUAUGUGUGUAACAUUAUUUCUAUUAGCAGUGAAGUCCGCUUUUAACUUCAUACUUUAUUGUUGGUUCAGUGAGAAGUUUUGGAACACUUUCAAACGAGUAUUCUGUAUACGAUAUUGUACAAUGAAACACUCGACUAAAAGGAAAAACCAUACAGUCCAUUCUGCAGACAAUAAUGCUACGAGUAGUGUCAGAAAAACAUCUUAUCUCACAAAGGAUACUAUUUGUUAGGGAUGUUGGAAGGCUUCAAAUUUAGUGAUCUAAGGUGGGCAGAUGCUGGCACUUGUAAAUACCACACGGAUACUGACCCAUGGUCAGAAUUGCUGAUUAUUGUAACAUGUAAUUAUCAAUCAAAAACAAGACCAGGAAUCUUUAUUGGUUUAAUUGUUUUAUUUGUCUAAAUUAAUUGUAAUUUUUAGUAUUUCGACGUUUAUGUUAUGUACAUAGAUGUUACCGAAUUCAUAUUUCAUUUUAAAAUUGAGAAGAUAUGCUUAUAUAUUCAUUUUGUCAAUAUUUAAAGAUUGACGACAAAAAUUACGUUUGGAAUCAUACUUGUUUACAAGUAUCGUUCUGAGAAAGCUUUUAACCAAUUAGUUUUUGGGUAAUUGGUGAGAUCGGUUGUUUUGCAUUCAUUUUUAAAUGAUCAAAUGUGAUUACGUCAAGGAUGAAAAAUUCCUCAAAAUAGAUUAUCGAAUAUUCAAAAUUUAUACAUCUACGAUAUCUUUAAACAUAUGCCAACUGUACAGUGUAUUGUGGUCAUUUUAAUGUUGUGCACGAACAAGAGCUAUGUGUAAUGAUAGUUAAUAAUUAUAUAUAUAUUUAUUAAUACUUCAAAUUUGAUGUACAGCAAACAUUGUUAUGGAAAUUUUGUUUCAGGAGCUGUAUAUACCCACAAAAAGAGUUUUGAAUUUAUUACGAAUAAGAGCUUGUUUAAGGAUUGUCAAAUGUAAGACGUAUCAUCGCCUUUUUUAUUUCAGAUAGUUCGAUGUGGAUUCUGAUGUAUGUCGUUGGGUGGCUUUUUAAUUAACGUAUUCACAAUAUCUUCUUUUAUUCAUUUUAAAAUCUUAUUGUUUAUUCAACUUUCAAUGGAUAAAAAAACCGCACUUAUCCUUGAUAUAUAUUUAUCGGCUGCCUUUUAAAGAAUUUAUUUUAUAGGACACUAACAAUUACUAUGAGACUUAGUCAUCUUAAGGUUACUAGAAUAGUAGGUUCUGCAAAGUAAGUUACCCUGGACGAUGGACCGAAAAUAUGUGCCGCCCUGCCCUGACCGUCUGACUGAAGAACAAGGUAAAUCCAGGUGACCAUAACAGCAGCAGUCUCUUUAACUAGGUUUCUAAAGAAAACUACAAUGUAAAUAAACGAGUGGUAUGAAAUGAAUUUGGAAACUUACUAAUGGGAAGUCAUAAAAUACUCUCAAAUUGCCAAUGAUAGUACAACUUGCACUUAUAUACUCGUCAAGUCAUAGAGUUUUUUUAAAGCAUAAAUUACUUUAUCAGGUAUAAGUUCAUUACAAUAAGAAAUUGUCAAACACGACAAUUAUUAAAAUUACUUGUUCAGUUCUUCUUCACUUUAUUAUUACAAGGAACAGUAUGCAUAAAGUUUUGGUAAUGCAAAUAUUAAGAUGCAUAAUCACUAUCUUAUAAUUGUACAAAUAUAUGUUUUCAGUAUGUAUUGCAUUUUGUGACCUGUUCCGUUACACGGAAUUAAAGAGUGACAUUAGGUUUGAAAUCAUAAUUUAUAAAUGUUGUUGAUGUUUCUUCAAUAAAAAU